CGCCUGCGCCCCGGGGCGGAGCGUGUCCGGCCGCGCGGGUGUGGCCGCCGCGGGUCGGGGGUCCGGAGGCUCCGCAGGCUCCGCGCUGCAGGUGCGGCCCCACUUCCUGCGCCGGGACACGGAGCGCGCUGCCGGCUGCUGCUGCGGGGAUCGAGGAAUCGCUGCCCCAUCCGCCGUCCCGCAGUGCUACUGUUGGUUGAAGGUUUGGCCUUUGGCUGAGAGGCCCAGAGGCAGAGCUCUGUGUGUGACAGAUGGCGGCACAGUGUGUGACAAAGGUGGAGCUGACUAUUGCCUGCACCAAUCUCUUGGAUAAAGAUGUUGGUUCCAAGUCAGACCCUCUGUGUGUGCUUCUCCAGAACACAAGUGGUCAGCAGUGGUAUGAGGUUGAUCGCACAGAAAGAGUUAAGAAUUCCUUGAACCCAAAGUUUUCCAAGAAAUUCUUAAUUGAUUAUUAUUUUGAGCUUGUUCAGAAACUUAAGUUUGGAAUAUAUGACAUUGAUAACAAAACCUACAAUCUGAAUGAUGAUGACUUCUUAGGAGAAUUAGAAUGUACACUGGGACAGAUCGUUUCUACCAGGACUCUAACAAAACCAUUAGUACUUAAAAAUGGCAAACCUGCUGGGAGAGGAAGCAUUACGAUUACAGCAGAAGAAGUAAAAGAUAACAGGGUUGUUGUAUUGGAAUUAGAAGCAAGGAAACUGGACAAUAAGGAUUUUUUUGGAAAGUCAGAUCCUUAUCUGGAGUUCCACAAACAGACUGGAGAUGGAAACUGGGUGAUGGUUCACAGAACAGAGGUUAUUAAAAAUAACCUGAAUCCUGCCUGGAGGCCUUUUAAAAUCUCUCUCAAUUCUCUGUGUUACAGUGACAUGGAUAAGUCAGUCAAGGUUGAGUGCUAUGACUACGAUAGCGAUGGGUCUCACGAUCUCAUAGGAAGUUUUCAAACCACAAUGUCAAAACUGAAGGAAGCAUCUCGGUCAUCACCUGUUGAAUUUGAGUGCAUCAAUGAAAAGAAAAGACAGAAGAAAAAGAGCUAUAAAAACUCUGGCAUUGUGAGCGUUAAGCAUUGUGAGAUCAUUGUAGAAUGCACAUUCCUUGAUUACAUCAUGGGUGGGUGUCAGCUGAAUUUCACAGUGGGGAUAGAUUUUACAGGCUCCAAUGGAGACCCUCGCUCUCCAGACUCUCUGCAUUACCUCAGCCCUAAUGGAGUUAAUGAAUACUUAACAGCCAUUUGGUCUGUCGGGAUGGUCAUUCAGGAUUACGAUACAGAUAAGAUGUUUCCAGCUUUUGGAUUUGGUGCACAAAUUCCUCCUUCCUUUCAGGUGUCUCAUGAGUUCCCAAUAAAUUUUAACCCAUCAAACCCAUUCUGUAAUGGGAUCCAAGGCAUUGUUGAUGCAUAUCGAGCCUGUCUUCCUCAAGUGAGGUUAUAUGGACCAACAAAUUUUUCUCCAAUUAUAAAUCACGUGGCAAGAUUUGCUGCUGCAGCUACUCAACAGCAAACAGCAUCUCAAUACUUUAUACUUCUGAUCAUAACGGAUGGUGUGAUAACAGACCUUGAUCAAACUCGAACUGCCAUAGUUAAUGCUUCAAAACUGCCCAUGUCCAUCAUCAUUGUUGGUGUUGGAGGAGCAGACUUUGGUGCUAUGGAGUUUCUUGAUGGUGACGAUGGAGUUCUUAGGUCCUCGUCAGGAGAACCAGCUGUCAGAGACAUUGUCCAGUUUGUGCCAUUCAGGAAGUUCCAAAAUUCUCCCAAAGAAGCUCUGGCUCAGUGUGUCCUGGCAGAAGUCCCUCAGCAAGUGGUGAACUACUUCAGCACCUACAAACUUCAACCUCCUAAGAAUCCUGCUGCAAAAUGAUUGGGCUGAGCAGAGGAGAGACUUUGUGCUUGCUUUACUUGCUGUAUUUACAGACUUUGGUUCUCGAUAUACUUCUGUAUACAUGUACACAUGCCUCUUUAUUGUAAUGUCUUAGCUUUUGCCUACAAAUCACUUUGCCAAGUUUGCCUUUUAAGGGCCAAAAUUGUAAUGGUGUUUAGAUUUGAUGUUGAUUUGAGAGACAGUGCUUGUAUGGAUGCAUUUCAUUUUGAAGAGUGGAAAAAAAUUUCUAUUAAGUCACCGUAACAAAAUUUUGACACAGGUGUUUCAUAUUCGGACAAGUGCCACAGAGUGUGAAGGCCCUCUUGCACACCUGCUUCUUGUUUGCCACUUCAGUGCCUUUGGGCAAUGCCUGGGAUUCAGGGUUGUGUGAACAUAAACCAAAGAAGUCAUUAAAAUAUAUAUUCUUUUAUAGUAUGCCUUCUCUUAAGGUAGUAUGGAAAUAACUAGGGUGAAUCAAGGUAAACCGCUGUCACCUCAGAAGAAUACUACUGGCCUUUGAGGCUACUACUGUAAGCCCUGUAAGAUGUGUUCCAAUGUGCAGUGUACUGGAAAAUGGAAAUUGCAGAUUUUAUUUUGGUAGGGUUUUUGUUUUGGGGUUUCUCCUCCCCUCCCGCCAAAACAGUCAUGACUACUGAUCUUUAAAGGGCUUUUUGUGCAGUAGGAAUUCACUUUUCAGUUAAAAAGUUUUGUCUGAUUUACGACUACGUAUUUUGAGGUAAAAGCAGAUCUUCAAAGUGCUACCUGUAUUUACUUUUGUCAUAUUUUGAAUCAUGCUGCUUUUCCAUGAGCCCACUAGUGAAAAGUGCCUGCAAAAAACCCAAUAUUCCCUCUUUUGUGAUCCAGUUAAAACCCAGAAGAUUAAAGAAAAUUAAGUCUCUGUGUAUAAACUCGAAAGAACUUUGAAGGUUCAAAAUAUACCCAAAAAUGAGAUUAAAGCCAAAUGAGGUUUGUUGGUGCCAUAAAAUGGAUAUAUUCUAUUUAAUAGUAAAAGAGGCAGAGAGAAAGAAAAAGAAAGAAAUAGAGAAAGAAGUGUGUGUGAGGGGCGAGGGAGGCAGGGAGAGGUGACAGGGGUUAGAUGGAAUCAUAUCACCCGUCUGAGGGUCCCAACGAUGUCUCAUUGCUCCCCUCCCUCUGGUCUUCUUGGUGGUGAGGGUCCCCUGUCGCCAUGGCCACGCCAUCACACGCUGAACAGUAUAGAAUCCUAUGGAUUAAGAGACACUUUGGGCAGGUGGGAACGCCCACGUGCCUCCCUUGCAGGGGCCCAGUUUGACAUUGUCCCUUGCAACACUGAGGAUUUGUUGCAUCAUCUCUGGUGCAGGGUCUGGGGACCCCUUUGGGGGUCUUUGAGGGGCCAUGACACCCCCUCUGUCCUUCAUGUGGAUGCAGCUUCUCCCGGGUGAAGGGGCCCCUCAGCUGGGCUCCUCUGCACAGCAGAGGGUGGGUGUUACCCGCCUUGGACCAGAGGGUUUUUCACCACACACCCAAAGCCUCUCUCCCACCCUUUGGUGGGAGAGUUUGUGUGAGCCUGGCAGCUGAAAGCCCUGGGGCCAUGAUCCCCACUCCUGAGGUGUUAAGCCUGUGCUUUGUGAAUGUCCCCAGCUCUGAGUUGUUACUUAUCUUCAUCAGCAAGGGGUCCAGGGCCUCUCAGAGCCCCCACACAUUCAGGAUGUGGUAGUCUUCUCCGAAGCUUUUCUAAUACAGUUUUAAAAGUCCUUCAAGAAAAUGUUUAAGUCAUAAGCUAUAAUAUUUCAGUCUCUGACACCCUCUUUCUCUCCCUUUAGGAAGGCAUAAGAAAGUCAAGUCUCUCAAGCCCUAAUCCUGUAAUCAUACUGCAUUUCUCUAGGGCAAACAAUUUCUGUUUUAUUUACUUGGGUUGAGUUUUCCCUUCACCUUUUAUACCAAGCAUAAAUCAUGUUGUCUUUGCUUAGUGGACGGAUGAAGGUUUCGUGUCCCCCAGUUGCAUACUGCUUGCUGAGGAUCUCUUCUGAUCCUGCCACUGUGUGUCACAUAAGUGGAUGGAAAGGUCACAUUUAUCACUUCUGAAAUGCCAAUCUUGAACAUUAAUUUUACAGUUUCACGUUUGAAGUGGUUUAGAGUUAGACAUCCAACAUCUCGUGGAUGGUCUGGCUGUAGUAUGUAAGAACAGAAUUGGCUAAUGCUAAAUUUAGCACAUUUGGACACGCAAGAUUUCACCAGGUCAUAGUAUAUUUGACUUUUAGUUGCUGGAGCUGCUUAGUGUGGUUUUGGUUUGGUUUUUCUUUUUAACAUUUGUAAUCCUGUCAAAAGUCUGAAUUCACAUUAAUGUUGAUGGAUGAAAGAUAUUUGUAUUGAGAUUAUCUUACACAAGACAUAUCAAAUGCUUUGUAGACAAUUGACAUUUAUUAAUCAAUCAUGAAUGGAUAUAUUAUCCAUGUACUCCAUUUUCCUUGGUGGAAGGAGAUCCUAAAUGCUAUCAAGUAGUGGAAUACUAAGGAAGAGAGUUUGAUUCAUAUUAAGCCAAGUUCUUUCUUUUUUUAAAUGUAAUUCAUGUAUUUAUGUAAAAAAAUCUGUAAUCAUCUUUUUAUCAGAGUAGUGAAAAUCUGUUACUACUUUAUGUAUAAAUUGCAAUGAAGUGUCAUAUCAGAUAUGUAACCCAAAAUAUUGAGAUAAGGAAGUUACUAUAACAAACCUAAAUCACACUGCUGCAAAUUGAGAGUGUAUGAUUUUGGAAGAGAAAGCUGUUUCACAGCUACCUGCUCCAUGUACAGAGAGGACUGGAUGCAGUUUUAAUGCUUUGUCUACAUUAAUUGAGGUGGAUGAGUACUACUAAUAGGAGUACAGGAUUCUACUGAAGUUCCUCUGAGCUGUCUGCCAAAAAUAUAAUGCUGCACCUGAGUUGUUACCAAUUCUGUUUUAAGUUGCCAUGGAAGUGCAUUUAAAUGUGUUAGUAUGUAUUACUAUACUAAGUAUCUGCUGCACAUAAAAGAAAACCUGUUGUUUUGUCUGUAUUCUAUACAUAAAUUCUGAGUUUCUACAGUAGAGACUUCAUCAUCUCUUAUUAGAGAAUUGCUUCCAUGUUCCUUAAGCUUAAGGAGUUAAAUAGCAUAAUAGCAAAGACACCUAGUUCUCAAUGUGCCCUUUUGUUUGUAAAUUAAGUGUUUCAGACAGGACCGUGGCAAGAACUGGUAUGACUUAGAGGUGUACAGGUAAUGCCUGUUGAAAACUUCCAGGGUAGGCUGAAGUGAUAUUCUGAGUGAAGAAAUGCAGCAGAUUGUGAUUUAAGGGGAAGGGGGGUUACUAUGUUGUUUUGCCAUUUUUCUUUUGUUUAUUUUUACGUGUAAAAAAUGCAUUAAGAGCUUGAGGGUGACAAAGCAAAAUACUGUCCAGGUUUUGUAAAGUGAAUGUGCUUGUAGGUCACUGGCACCACCUUGUGAUUAAAGUGAUGUAUGGCAGUCUUGGUCAUCAAAUGCUUUUUGCCAUGUAUUGGUCAUAAUAUAUACGUGUACAGCAGAGAGCUCACCUGUAACCAGAAUUUUGUACUUUUAUAUGUAUUUCAGUUCUGAUGAUGUUAACUGAUUUACAAUGCCUAUGCAUUAAAAUGAUCAUUUCAGUA